AUGUGGCGUGUGCACCUUGAGGGCGUACCUGGAUAUGAACUUGACAUACCAUCGUUCGUGCCAGCUCGAGCCCAACUGCCUUUCUUCAUGAUCGUGAUCACUUGCUUCAUUAGUGCUAUGAUUCAGUUCAAGAUUGCUGGGCCACCCAGCCUUGCGAACUCGAGCUCAAGCUGCAUCCCUGAACGUGCUAAGGAGGUUGCAAAGAAAGCUGUCCAGACCGUUGUACUUGUGUGCUUUCUCAAGGGCAUGAUCAACGAUGUCUGCAUCGCAUGGGCUUAUAGUAUGGAAUUGUUGGCAGACGGGCAACCACUUCUCACUGUUCUAUGGCGUGGUGCCAAAUCAUACGGUCUUCUUGUCUUUACAGGGCCGAAUGCUGACGACGCCUGGAAACGUAUUGGCCUUGUCUCCAUCUAUUGGGACCGAUUGAAUGUCUGCGCCUUGCAUCGGCAAAGAUACAGUGGGGGCGCGCAUCAAGAAACCAGAUGCUUUUCGUCAGGGUAUCCUGGGUUUCGUCGCUCCGCGAGCUGCGCGGCGACUUCCCGCGGCCGUUGA